GCCUGCAUCAGCCGAGGGAGGACCAGCGCGAACCUGCUGCGGCGUGAACAAUCCGACGCAGCGAGCAGCACUUGGCUUCCUGUGAUGUGUGCACUGUACACUUGACUUCAGACACACUUGACUCUGCAGCAGCAAACAUGUCCCGCUUCGCCGCCCGUCGUCUCUUCACAGUUGUUUCGCACAGGGCUACAGCUAGAUCCCGGGUGCUACCGAGGAGGACCCCGGUAUUCUUCCGCCCUGUGUGCACAUCUCAAGGUCUGCUGUCUCUCACUCGUUACGAUGAGACUACAGACUGGCAAAAGAAACUGACCCCAGAACAGUAUGUAGUCACCAGAGAGAAGGGCACAGAGGAGCCCUUUAGUGGGAUCUACCUGAACCAUUCUGAGGUGGGGAUGUACCACUGUGUCUGCUGUGAUUCUCCUAUUUUCAGUUCAGAAGCUAAGUAUGACUCUGGGACAGGCUGGCCAGCAUUCAAAGAGGCUCAUGGGACAUGGGAGAGGGAUGAAAGCCACACCUCCAUCAUUCGUCGCCCUGACAACAGCCUGGGAACUGCGGGUACAGAGGUCCUUUGUAAAACUUGUGAUGCCCACCUGGGUCAUGUGUUUGAAGAUGGUCCAGACCCCACAGGUCAGCGGUUCUGUAUCAACAGCGUAGCCCUCACAUUUAAACCCAGAGAAAAUGUCAAGCCCGACUUGCCAGAAGAAAAAUGAGAUUGCAUGGACAUUUUGAAACCCCUGAACACAAAACACUUGCUCCAUGUUUUGAUGCAGACCGGUCCCUUUUAGGAGGCCAAAUGAAGGUGUUUUAUAUUUUUUAAUAAUGCUAUAUGUUAUAACAAAGGUUUUGAUAGUAUGGGUUUAGAAGGGAAUUAACUUGUCGUUAAUGGUGGUAUGAUUGACUGAAUUCAGCGCAGUCUCUUGUUCAGAAGGUUUAUACAUGCACUGGGGUUCAGGUAAUAAUCUGCAGACAUUGCAUUUCAGAUACAUUUAUACUAACGCAAUCUGUCGACCAUCAGCCUUUUCACUAAGCUCAACCACCUAAUAAAACACACACUUUCAAACAAAGACAGAUUUUUUUAGAAUUGUUUUAUAAUUUUGUUGAUAAAAAAAAUGUAUAAAUAGUAAAUUACGUUUGUCACCAUUUUGUAGUUUGAAACAAUGUGGAAUAGUGUCUAAACCCAUAAUGUUAAAGAACACACUACAUAUUAAAGUGCACAAGGCCUGAACUAAGAAUACCUGUUUUCUGUGAGGAUUUCAAAACACAGGAAGUUUUUGCUUGUGUUCAGGUUUAUCUGUCUGAUGUCACAUUUAUAGAUCAAAUUGAUUUGUCUGGUAAUUUGCCAAUAAAUGUAUACUUUGUUUGCU